GCAGGGGAUGUGUCUGUGACUGCGUCACAGAUAAGUAAAAUUUUCGUUCGUCUAUUAGUUACCAGAGGACGGUAGGUAAGCAGCAGCCAAACACUUGUUUCACUUUUGGUUAUUUCGCGUGCAGUAAUUGGAUUUGAACAGGAAGAGAGAAAAGUUUAUUGUUUUAAAUAUAUAAAAACUAAAAAACGUAACGCGUGAAAAAUAAAAUGGAGGCAAGCGAUGGACAGAUGGCUGAGAUAAACCUCAAAACCCUUUUCGUCACAUGUAAAAGCCAAUGGAACGGGGACCUGAGUAAACACAAAGAAGCUGAAACGACAUUGAAAGCUACGCAAAAUGCCCUUCAAGCUCUGUUGCAACAAGUCAGCAUUCGCUGCAAAGAGAACGACAAACAAAUGAAAAAACUCCAAACACAAUUAUCGGAUGUUGCCGCUCAUUUGAGCAAACCAUCGGAUGAGCAACGCACUCCGGAAGAAACGGGAAAUUUACUUAAAACUUACAACGAAUUGUUAGCCGAAUCUAAAGUUAGUGCCAAGCAAACGACGGAUCAAUUGUCGACUUUCGGUUCUAUCCGCAACGCUGUCGUCUCUAUGGAAAUCAAGACUUCUGAUGGAGAAAAAUUGGCUGCUCCUUUAUUUGAUUCGGCCCUUCUUAAUUUUCCUUCGGAAGGAUCAGACGCGCACGAGACCAACCUCUUAACGUCAUUGUCAUUUUUGAUUCUAUCGUGCACUCGUAAAGAACAGUGGAAGGCACCAGUGGCUGCAGUCAAACCUGACACCACUGCAUCAUCCGAAUCGACCGAAAAAGUCAAGACGAAGAAACAGAUCAAGGCGGAAGCAGCAGCAGCAGCUGCAUCGGAAGGAAAUAAUGCAGUUAAACCAGAAAAGGAAAAAAGUAAAGCCACUCCAGAGAGAUGGGCCAACAAAUCUACAGGUGGAAAGGAAGCCGAGUUUAAGAAGCCAAUGGAUCGUGGUGCCAAGGGCGACAGAGGACCGCACAAGCCUCACGAACAUCAUGGUAACAAACCGCAACACAUGGACAAUAAGUUCAACAGGGGGGGCCCGGCUGAUAAAUCGUCUGAUCCGAGAAAACCAUUUCAUAAUAACGUUCAGACUCCAAAGAAAGUUGGAGAUUUUAUCCCGCAGCAGCGACCAGCUUUUCAUAACGUACCAAUGUCACCACCAAGGAUGCAACCGCCGAAUGUUUAUCACGCACCACCAGCACAGCCAAUGAUGAUGCCACCGUCGUCGUUUUGUACCCCACCCCCGGUUGUUUUACCAUCUUUGGUUUCGCUGCACAACAAAAAGGCAUUUUUGGUUCUAGCAGUUAAUGGCAAGCAAUAUGGAAAAAUUGUCAUAGAACUUCGACCCGACGUGGCUCCCAUCAUGUGCCAAAGAUUCGCUCAAAACUGUUUGUCUACGGAAGGAGAAUCCUACCGAGGAACAGUCAUUUAUCAAUCGAAGCCGAAGGCAUUCAUUGCGGGAGGAAGAAUUCCCGGGCCGGAAUCACUUUACAUGGCGGAUUCGUCUCCAUUAAAAAAGAUUCGUGGGUCAAUAUUUUUCAGAUUGAAACGUGACUAUGCCAAGACUCAGUGCAGCAUCGUAUCGACCGAUUUCACCAUUCAUCUCAACGAUGAAAAAGCCGAUAACCACAGAACAUCCACAGUAUUCGGUUACGUUUGCGACGGAUUAGCCGUUUGUGACGCCCUAAGUUACAUGGAUUGCGAAAAAGAUCACGUUGCUGUAUGCUCGGCUGGAAUCGAAUAGGCGAUUAGUUGCUGUCCUUCAAUUGCUUUUGUUACGAUGUUAUUAAAUAUGUGGAAUCCAUUAAAUUAAAAAAAAAGAUGGAGAAACGCACAUCGUGCUAUUUCACGGUCAUAUACACACACAGAUAAUCGGUUGUAUUUUUAUUAUCAAUUUAGAUUCUAGUAUUGAAAG